GUAAACCGACUCCUGCCGCCCGACGUGUUUCGACGCCUUCGGCUUCUCUUCACUGAAAAUUCGUCGCAGUUGUUCGAGUGACGUCGCGACGCCCGGAACGUGCGACCUUGACGUCAUUCUCGUUGGGAUUCUCUUCGGGUUUACCGGUCUCGACGUUUCGCGUUUUAUUAUUUACAACUUGAAUCAAGUAUUUGCUUUUUUAAAUAAUUAAUUCGAUUUUUUGGGGCUUGAAGGAGGCAUAUUUAAAAACAUGUCGAUGGUUGUUUUAUAUUAGGAGAGAAAAGGGUUGUACUCUGUUUGUACUGUUCAACUGGACCUCAGUACCUCGGUACCUGCCCAAAAAUGAAUGAAAAAACCAAAUGGUACGACCGGAUCUUCGGUAAGAAACUGAUCAAGUGCGACUCGAGCAACAACUCGAACGACUUCGACAACUAUCCCACUUCUGAGGUGCUAAAAAACGUCCAGAUCACCGGGAUCUACUUCAGUUUCGCCAACAUUAACAGUCAGAGUGACGAUUUUUUGAAGAAACUGCGCGACUUGUAUGAGAAAUUAAACGGAAGUUGCGCGAACGGUGACGCGGACAAACGAUUCGAGGUGAUUCAAGUGGUGAUGUGGGCGCAUAACGAUAAUUAUGGUGAUUUUGAGGUCAGCCACCGGGAGAACUUGAUGGGACUACCGUGGUUCGCCAUGCCGUUCAGCGAAAUCAGUUUAAAGACAAGGCUGAGCAGAAGGUACCGAAUAAAAUCGGGAGUGCCAACGUUGGUGCUUCUGGACAAAGACGGUUCGACGGUGAGCGUUUCCGCCCACGAAAGAUUAAUCGAAGACCCCACUGGCACCAAUUUUCCUUGGAGACCGCGACCCGUAGACGAAGUUCUUAAGGAUGUGGUUCUGCAACCGGGAGGUCUAUAUUACCAGGACCAUCCGCAAUGUAUCAAAAGCGACCUCAGAUACAGCGAUCUACCGGAUGGGGUUAAAGGGUUCUACUUUUCGGCACAUUGGUGUCCACCUUGUAAAGCGUUCACUCCUCACCUUGCGGAAGCUUACAAGCUCAUAAAGAAGAGGGAGCCUAAUUUCGAGGUGAUUUUCGUUUCCAGCGAUCGAAGUGCAGAAUCGUACAGCGCGUACGUGGAAACCAUGCCGUGGCUCUCGAUACCAUUCCAGCAAGCGUCAGUAAGAGCUGAACUGGCUCAGCUAUACGGAAUCAGGGGCAUCCCGACGCUGUUGCUAUUGGACAGUAACGGCCACGUGAUCACUAUGGACGCCAGAUCGGAAAUUAUGGAAGAUCCCUUGGCCCAGAAUUUCCCAUGGAAACCGAGGGCAGUGAACAUUUUAACCGAUAGAUUCUUGACUAAGUUUCACGACUUUCCUGCCAUAGUACUCUUUGUUGACUCAGAAGAAACUGAACUGCAGUUUGCUGAAUCGGUACUGCUGCCAGCGGCUCACAAUUACUAUAAAAUGAAUAAUAUUAAUAUUUCGGCCACGCCUGAGGACCGUCUGUUUUCCACUUGUGACCAAGAAGACUACUUCCUACAGUUUCUUAUUGGGACUGAUAACGAAUCUACUGAUAUUUUAAGGGAUCUUAUAGGUCUGGACGACGUGGUGCCUCUACUGGUAGCAAUAGACAUCCCGAACAGGAGAUACGCAACCAUGGAGUACGGCCUGGAAAUCACCACGGACACAGUACACGAGUUCGUAAGGAAAUUUCAACUGAACGAUUUGAAAUUUAAGGACGUUAGUGAGGAGGGAGUGGAAAAUGCCGAAAAUUUGUAAAACUCUUCUGUUCUUAAAUCCUUGAUAAACUUUUUAGGAAUAUUCUGAUUUGAGGUGCGGUGGAUUGUGCUAGAAAUGUGAAAAGACUUAAUAUAAGCGGCGGUUUGUAUUAAAAUAUGUGAAACGAAAGAAUAAAUUCCAGUUAGUCGAUUAGAAUAUAU